AUGUCAUAUGUGAGGAAGUUAUUGCCUCCUUUAGUGUCUUCUCUGCGAAAGGGCUCUUGUGGAAAGAUAGCCAUAAUAGGAGGCUCGGAAGAAUAUACUGGAGCGCCAGUGUUUGCCGCUCUGUCAGCAUUACGCCUCGGAGCAGAUUUGGUACAUAUAUUUUGCUCACCCAAAGCAAUGAAUGUAAUCAAAACGUUUAGUCCUGAUUUCAUAGUUCAUUCGUAUAGUGCCCAUAAUCUAAUGGAGAGUUUCGAAAGAAUUGAUGCUUUUGUUAUUGGCCCUGGCUUGGGAAGGGGAACAUACUGUCCACUUAACAGUGAUGAGAAAGCUGGUGAGCAACUAUCAGUAGGACUAUUGGUGGAAAAGGUUUUGGAGUAUGCGAAAGAAAAUAAUAAGCCGAUUGUUUUGGAUGGGGAUGCUCUAUGGUUUGUGAGCCAGAAUCCGGAUAGGUUCAAGAAUUCAAACCUCACUGUUCUGACACCAAAUAUAGUGGAGUUCUCUCGCCUGGCAUCUUCUGUUCUUGAUGUUCACAAUGUGCUCCAAUUAGAUAAAGAGAAUUUGCCAGGCUUGUGCUGCUCUCUCUCUGAAAAAAUGGGAACUACGAUUUUCCUGAAAGGAGAAACAGAUAUCGUAGCCAGCACGAAUGGAACAUUUCGACUUUUGCAUGAGGAAGGAAGUCCUAGACGUUGUGGUGGGCAAGGUGACACUGUUGCUGGCACAUUGGGCGUUUUCUUGCUAUGGGCUCUUAGAUCUAUAAAUGAUAAAUCAGAAGCAAAAAUUGCAGCCGCACUGGCUAGUAGUCAGAUCGUGAAGCUCUGCGCUGUGGAAGCCUUCCGAAAACUUGGGCGUUCCAUGAUAACGUCCGAUUUAAUUCAAGAACUCCCUUAUGUAUUGAAGAAGUUGGAUGAAGACCUUAAGAAGAAUGCAACCGAUAUGUGCGAUUGA